AUGAAGAUUUCCUGGCUAGGGUGGUGUCUCCCACUCCUGGCCGCAUCAACACUUGCGGCACCCGCAGACUCAGAGUCAGGACAGCGGCCGGAAAAGCGAGCCAACCGUGGUCUGGACCCUGAAGAUCCCACAGUGUUCAAUGGACUUGAUGUUCCCCCAUUGUUCCAACUCACCGCAGAGAACUUCGACGAGACCAUCAAAGAUGGCACUUGGUUUGUGAAGCACUACUCUCCGCAGUGUGUGCAUUGCAGACAUGCGGCUCCAUACUUCCAGACUACUUAUGAGUACUACUAUACUUCGAAUCCCACUUCCCCAUCAUCCGGAAAAUCGCCUGACCCGAAAUCCAUGGACUCCUUCACUGGUUAUUACAACUUCCACUUCGCUUCUAUGAACUGCAUCACGGAUGCCGAUCUGUGUCAAAAGCUUGGCAUCCUAAGCUGGCCUACCUUCGCGUUCUACGAAAAUGGCGUCAAGACAAAUCAAGUCACGGGAGCAAAGAAGAUCUCGGAUUUGAGUAAACUUAUCGAAGAGAAACUCGAAACCAUCAAGCCAGGGUCUCGUCCUUCUCAGGGUAUCAAAUUGCCCGAGGUCGGCGCAACAAGCGUGGAUGCCUCUGCAGCACCCGACUCGUCUGAAGCUAAAGACAAGGGCCCUCUGGACAGCAUCAAGGCUGCUUCUGGUGAGAAGCCAAACGCAGCUGACUCACAGAAGGGCUCAAUUGACACCAAAUCAACUGUCAAGACUACCAAUACCAAGUCCACGGGCCCACCUCCGAACCCUCAGGGCGUAUCCGUCCCUCUCAAUGCUGAAAGUUUCCAACGACUUGUGACCACUUCCCAAGACCCUUGGUUCAUCAAGUUCUACACUCCCUGGUGUCCUCAUUGCCAAGCACUGGCUCCCAACUGGCAGCAAAUGGCAAAGGAGAACAAGGACACUCUCAACAUUGGUGAGGUCAACUGUGAUAUGGAAGCCCGUCUCUGCCAAGACGCUCGAGUAAGCGCUUACCCCACACUCUACUUCUUCCGAGGUGGCCAGCGUGUGGAGUACACGGGCCUGCGUGGUCUGGGUGAUCUGCUUUCUUACACUAAGAAAGCAGUCGGUCCAGGCUCCACCAUUGAAGAUGUUGAUGCGGCUACGUUCAAGGAGCUGGAGCAGACUGAGGAACGACCACCUCAGGAGGAUUUCAGGGCCAUGGAGCGUCUGACACUCAGUCUCGUCGGCCAUGCCCGCAUUGUCAAAAGUCAAAGUGAUGCAUUAGCUCGGCGUUUCAAGAUCUCUACAUGGCCCCGUCUUUUGGUUGUUCGUGAUGGCCGCCCCAACUAUUACAAUGCUCUCGCUCCGAAGGAUAUGAGAGACUUUCGUCAAAUUCUUUCCUGGAUGCAGACCGUUUGGUUACCCAUCGUCCCUGAGCUGACCGCUUCGAAUGCUCGGGAAAUCAUGGAUGGCAAAUUCGUUGUCUUGGGAAUUCUCAGCCGACGCCGCUCCGAUGACUUCAAGCAGUCUAAGAGGGAAUUGAAGGAGGCUGCCCAUGAAUGGAUGGACAAACAGGUUCAACUCUUCCGGCUCGAGCGUGCAGAACUUCGUGAUUCGAAGCAACUGCGCAUCGAAGAGGCCGAGGAUCGCAACGAUGAACGUGCAAAGCGGGCUGCGAAGAACAUGCGUAUCACCAUUCGUGAAGAUGACAAGAAGCCUGUUGCUUUUGCCUGGGUUGAUGGCGACUUCUGGGAGCGCUGGAUUCGCACAACCUAUGGCAUUGACGUCGAACAAGGUGACCGUGUGAUUAUCAAUGAUGAAGAUAACCGACGAUACUGGGAUACUGCCUCCAGCGGAGCCACCAUCAUGGCUUCGCGUACGUCCAUUCUUGAGACUAUUCCCCUGGUGGUUUCUUCUCCACCAAAGUUGUCGCCCAAGUCAACCGUUGGUGCCUUUGAGACCAUCUUCUUCUUCACCCGCUCCUUCAUCACUACCCACCCCAUCCUCUUCUUCGUCUUCUUAACCAUCACCAUUGCCGCGGUCACCUUCCUUGGUCGCGGGCGUCUCUUGCGGCGUGCUGGAUUCAGCCGCGGUGGCAUUAUUGGUAACACUAAUAGUAACGGGGGCGGGUUCUUCCACUUGGACGGCAAGGAAGGUGUCUUGAACGGAGGUUCGACUGGCAAGGUCGACUAA